CUGAUGGACCAGCUCUCUGUAUAAAAGACAGGUCAGAUCAGACCUCAGACAUAUAGCCAGAGCAUCAGCUAGACUUCUGACACAGAACCAGACUAGAGCAUCAGAGACCAGAGCAUAAGAGACCAGAACAUCAGAGACCAGAGCAUCAGAGACCAGAGCAUAAGAGACCAGAGCAUCAGAGACCAGAGCAUCAGAGACCAGAGCAUCAGAGACCAGAACAUCAGAGACCAGAACAUCAGAGACCAGAGCAUCAGAGACCAGAACAUCAGAGACCAGAGCAUCAGAGACCAGAGCAUCAGAGACUAGAGCAUCAGAGACCAGAGCAUCAGAGACCAGAGCAUCAGAGACCAGAGCAUCAGAGACCAGAGCAUCAGAGACCAGAGCAUCAGAGACCAGAACAUCAGAGACCAGAGCAUCAGAGACCAGAGCAUCAGAGACCAGAGCAUCAGAGACCAGAGCAUCAGAGACCAGAACAUCAGAGAACAUCUCAAACAAUACAAUCUUCAGCAUCUCAACCAUCUCUGAACCAUGAAGACCCUGACUGCUCUACUCCUCCUGGGACUGCUCUGCUCCCUCCACACGACGUCUGCAGGUGUCAUCGCGUUGGAAAUAGCACCUGACUGCUGUAUGAAAUUCAGCGCGAGGAUCCCUCUUCAACAAGUAGUUUCUCUCAGAACAACCUCCAGUAGCUGCCCUCGCAAAGCACUGAUUUUCACCACAAAGAAAGGGAAGACAUUUUGUGUUGACCCUUCUAAAGCCUGGGUCCAGAGUCAUGUGACCAAGAUUCAGAGCAGAUCGACUACUGCCAAGACGACGAUGAUGUCAUCAACUACCAUCACCCUCUAACACCCCAACCCUUGUUGGUGCACUUUAAAGGGAAUAGGUUGCCAUUAGUGACACAAACCUUGUCAUGCAUGUCAAUACCCUAUCUGAGAUUGGUAUGGAUUAGGUUCAGUGUAAUGUACUAGGUUAAUAUCCUAUCUGAGAUUGGUAUAGAGGAGGCUCAAUGUAAUGUACUAGGUUAAUAUCCUAUCUGAGAUUGGUAUAGAUUAGGUUCAAUGUAAUGUACUAGGUUAAUAUCCUAUCUGAGAUUGGUAUAGAUUAGGUUCAAUGUAAUGUACUAGGUUAAUAUCCUAUCUGAGAUUGGUAUAGAGGAGGCUCAAUGUAAUGUACUAGGUUAAUAUCCUAUCUGAGACUGGUAUAGAGGAGGCUCAAUGUAAUGUACUAGGUCUAGGAUAAACUAAUUGUUUAUUUUUCUAAAACUGUAAACAUAUUUGACAUGUAACCUAUUUAAUAUUUUAUAAAGCCUGUGAAAAUUUCAAACAUCCUGUGAAAGAGUGGUUCAUAUUAUCCAAUUAAUGUAUUAAUGGAUAUAUAUGGGUUGUAACUAGGUCUAUUCUACUGAUAUAGAUAUUAAUGGGUUGUAACUAGGUCUAUUCUACUGAUAUAGAUAUUAAUGGGUUGUAACUGGGUCUAUUCUACUGAUAUAUAUAUUAAUGGGGUGCAACUAGGUCUAUUCUACUGAUAUAGAUAUUAAUGGGUUGUAACUAGGUCUAUUCUACUGAUAUAGAUAUUGAUGGGUUGUAACUAGGUCUAUUCUACUAUACUGAUAUAGAUAUUAAUGGGUUGUAACUAGGUCUAUCCUACUGAUAUAGAUAUUAAUGGGUUGUAACUAGGUCUAUUCUACUGAUAUAGAUAUUGAUGGGUUGUAACUAGGUCUAUUCUACUGAUAUAGAUAUUAAUGGGUUGUAACUAGGUCUAUUCUACUGAUAUAGAUAUUAAUGGGUUGCAACUAGGUCUAUUCUACUAUACUGAUAUAGAUAUUAAUGGGUUGUAACUAGGUCUAUUCUACUGAUAUAGAUAUUAAUGGGUUGCAACUAGGUCUAUUCUACUAUACUGAUAUAGCUAUUAAUGAG